CUUGUUGAAUCAUCCCAACCUCCUCCGUCAGUCUUGGCAUCUGGCUCCUGCAGAUCACAUCAAUACUCGGUAAAACACAAAAAGAUACGCAAACCAAAUCACGCGAUUACAAACCCUGCUAUCAAACCCACACACGAUUUGAAAUCCUUCGCUCCAAACCCAACACAGAUCUGUCAUUGAAAGCUAUUCGCGGCUUCGUAAUUCCUUGCAAAAUCGUCUAACCUCUCAUUCCUAUUGAACGGCAUCUGCCGAAGAAUUACAAUCAGGCAUCAGCUCUUUGAUCGAAAAAAUGGUGUUAGUCUCAUCUGUAAGAGAUUAUAUAAAUCGAAUGCUACAAGAUAUUUCUGGCAUGAAAGUUCUUAUACUUGAUUCCCAAACGGUUAGUGUUGUGAGUGUGGUGUAUUCUCAGUCAGAACUUCUGCAAAAAGAAGUGUUUUUGGUAGAAUUGGUUGAUGCCAUCUCCAUGUCAAAGGAGUCCAUGUCACAUCUCAAAGCAGUUUAUUUUCUGCGCCCAACAUCUGAAAAUAUUCAGCAUUUGAAACGUCAACUGGCUAAACCUCGAUUUGGAGAAUAUAACCUCUUUUUCUCAAAUAUGUUGAAUACUACUCAACUCCAUAUCUUAGCUGAUUCAGAUGAGCAUGAAGUUGUUCAACAAGUACAGGAGUUCUUUGCAGAUUUUGUUGCAAUUGACACCUACCAUUUCACUUUGAACACACCAUCAAAUUAUAUGUAUAUGCUUCCUGCUGUUAUAGAUCCUCCAAAUCUUCAAAACUACUGUGAUAGAAUUGUUGAUGGACUUGCAGCAAUCUUUUUGGCUUUUAAAAGGAGACCCGUUAUUCGAUAUUCACGAACAUCUGAUAUUGCUAAAAGAAUAGCACAAGAAGCUUCCAAACUGAUGUAUCAGCAAGAAAGUGGUCUUUUUGAUUUCAGACGCACAGAAAUUUCUCCUUUGUUGCUUGUAAUUGAUAGGAGGGAUGACCCUGUUACUCCUUUACUGAAUCAAUGGACAUAUCAGGCCAUGGUUCAUGAGUUGAUAGGUAUUAAAGACAACAAGGUAGAUUUAGGAAACGCUGGAAAGUUUUCAAAGGAUCAACAGGAGGUUGUAUUGUCCUCUGAACAAGAUGCCUUUUUUAAGUCUAAUAUGUAUGAAAAUUUUGGAGACAUUGGAAUGAGUAUAAAGCGAAUGGUGGAUGAUUUUCAACAAGUGGCAAAAAGCAAUCAGAAUAUCCAGACAAUAGAAGACAUGGCUAAAUUUGUUGACAACUAUCCAGAGUAUAGAAAAAUGCAAGGAAAUGUGUCUAAGCAUGUAACUCUAGUUACAGAAAUGAGCAAGAUUGUAGAGGAAAGAAAACUCAUGUUAGUUUCACAAACUGAACAAGAAUUGGCUUGUAAUGGUGGCCAAGGAGCAGCAUUUGAGGCUGUGACAAAUCUUUUGAAUAAUGAAAGUGUCUCUGAUAUCGAUCGACUACGGCUUGUGAUGUUGUAUGCUUUGAGGUAUGAGAAAGAGAGCCCUGUUCAACUCAUGCAGCUUUUCAAUAAAUUGGCUUCUCGCUCUCCCAAGUAUAGGCCAGGGCUUGUACAGUUUCUUCUAAAGCAAGCAGGGGUUGAUAGACGUACAGGUGAUCUUUAUGGUAACAGGGAUAUCUUGAAUAUUGCCCGUAACAUGGCUCGUGGACUCAAGGGGGUGGAGAAUGUGUACACCCAACAUCAGCCUCUUUUGUUCCAAACAAUGGAGAGCAUUACAAAAGGAAGGCUGAGAGAUAUGGAUUACCCUUUUGUUGGGAAUCACUUUCAGCAGGGCAGGCCACAAGAGGUUGUGAUCUUUAUUGUUGGUGGGACCACAUAUGAGGAAUCACGUUCCGUUGCCCUACAAAAUUCUUUGAAUUCUGGAACUCGUUUUAUUCUCGGAGGUUCCUCUCUUUUAAAUUCUAAAAGGUUUCUUAAGGACCUUGAGGAAGCACAACGGAUUGCUAGGUCAAGCACCAGUGUUGUUUAAAUUUGAAAUUUAUUUCAAAUGAGGUUCAUAAGAUUGUUUAGAAUGUAUAUGAUAUGUUUGUUGUCUCGUAAACACACUUUAUCUCUAUAAUCCCACUAUCUUUUUUGAUUUGUAUAAAUUCAAACCUUGUGUUUCAUACAGUUAUAUCUUUUUAUUUAGGCUUACACAAAAAAUACUAACA